CCGUGUCUCUUGACAAAAUUAUGGACCCGAAAUUGGUGUUGACACUUUGUCUCUCUUUGCUCGGAGCAGCUGCCACCACUGCCGAUUACGUUAGACCUCAGCCCCGUAAAACUCUUCAAUUAACAUGGAACUUAAAGCCUGCUUCUUAUCCUCAGCAAGUUCACAUUUCUUUGGCAGGAGAUAGCCACAUGCGAAUCUCAUGGAUCACUGACGAUAAAUCUGCUCCUUCUGUUGUCAAAUACGGAACAUCACCUGGGAGAUACAGUUCCACAGCUCAAGGAGAGAGUACCUCUUAUAGUUUUCUAUUCUAUAACUCAGGGAAGAUACACCAUACUGUCAUUGGGCCUCUGGAACCUGACACCGUUUACUUUUAUCAGUGUGGUAAUCAAGGUCCUGAGUUCCAGCUCAAGACUCCUCCUGCUAAAUUCCCAGUUACUUUUGCUGUUGCAGGGGAUUUGGGCCAAUCUGGCUGGACUAAAUCAACACUAGACCACAUUGACCUAUGCAAAUAUGAUGUACACCUGCUUCCAGGGGACCUUUCAUAUGCUGAUUACCUGCAGAGCAGGUGGGACACAUUCGGUGAGCUUGUCCAGCCACUUGCAAGUGCAAGGCCAUGGAUGGUAACAGAAGGGAACCAUGAAAAAGAGAGAAUACUACUAGUUAAUGAUGGAUUUGAGUCCUAUAAUGCCAGAUGGAAGAUGCCAUUUCAAGAAAGUGGAUCAAGCUCCAAUCUUUAUUACUCUUUUGAAGUUGCAGGGACUCAUGUUAUCAUGCUUGGUUCAUAUACAGACUAUGAUAUGUACUCAGACCAAUAUAACUGGUUGAAGGAUGAUCUUUCGAAGGUUGACCGGGAUAAGACACCAUGGUUACUUGUUCUAUUCCAUGUGCCGUGGUAUAACAGCAAUGAGGCACAUCAAGGUGAAGGGGAUGGGAUGAUGGCAGCCAUGGAACCAUUGCUCCAUGCUGCUAGUGUUGAUAUAGUGCUGUCUGGUCAUGUUCAUGCUUAUGAAAGAUCAAAACGUGUUAACAAAGGAAAAUCUGAUCCUUGUGGUACUGUCCACAUAACCAUUGGAGAUGGAGGGAACAGAGAAGGUCUAGCACAAAAAUACAAAAAUCCGCAGCCUGAGUGGUCAGUUUUUCGUGAAGCAAGCUUUGGACAUGGGGAACUCAAGAUUGUGAAUUCAACUCAUGCAUUGUGGAGCUGGCACCGAAACGAUGAUGACGAGCCGGUAAAGUCUGAUGAAGUCUGGAUAACCUCUUUGUUGAGUUCAGGAUGCCUUCCUGAGAAGAGUCAAGAACUAAGCACCUUAGGCUUCUGAAAACCAUGGUAUUGCGACAUACCUGGAUAUGGUUCUGCUAAAGCUCUAUGUAAAUAUAUUAAAUAGAACUCUAUAGUAAUUGUGUGGAUGAAGAAGUCACUGCUUGAAUUGGGGAAUAACCUCUUUCCCACUGUGCUGAUAUUAUGAAAUUGCUCCCAUGUUUUGGGCUACAUUUCCAUUGUUUGUUUGUUUAUAGAUAAAGCCUUUUUCAUAGUGAGAAAUGGCAAGGCUUGCUUGUACUCUGUUAGCAUUUUUUGUAUUCUGAAUGUAAUGAUUUCGAAGUCAGUCAAUUUUAGUCGAACUCGA